AGCCCAACGAUUCAUUGUAUACAUUGAAAGAGCAUUUAGAGAUGAUAGAGCGAUCGGUGAUCUCUCAGUUCAAACUCAAGACAUUUCACGUAGUGGCUCAUUCCCUAGGCUGCAUUCUGGCUCUUGCGCUCGCGGUUAAACACCCAGGAGCCAUCAAGUCGCUUACUCUAUUGGCUCCUCCAUAUUAUUCGGUACCAAAGGGAGUGCAAGGGACGCAAUAUGUGAUGAGAAGAGUGGCGCCCAAGGAAGUGUGGCCUCCGAUGGCCUUUGGAGCCUCAGUGGCCAGCUGGUACGAGCACAUUAGCCGCACCGUCAGUCUAGUCCUUUGCAAGAACCACCACUUGUUAGAAUUUCUCACCAGGCUACUCACCGGAAACAGGAUGCGAACGUACUUGAUAGAAGGGUUUUUGUGUCACACACAUAACGCGUCGUGGCACACACUACACAACAUCAUCUUCGGGUCUGGGAGCAAAGUAGAGGCUUAUCUGGACCAUAUCCGUGACAACGUGGACUGCGACGUCACCGUCUUCCACGGUGGUAGGGACGAGCUGAUCCCCGUAGAGUGCAGCUACGGCGUCAAGAGAAAAGUGCCACGUGCCAGGAUCCACGUCGUCCCCGACAAAGACCACAUCACCAUUGUUGUUGGGAGGCAGAAGGAGUUCGCUCGUGAGCUUGAGCUUAUUUGGCGCAGAUCCACUACUCCUCAACAUCAUUCAAUAAAUUAACCCCUUCUUUAUUUAAGUAUAUAUAUAUAUAAGCUAGCGUAUAAAGCCAAACCCCGACCACUAUUAUUCAAAUCAUCAUUUUAUUACACCCA